CCAUUAGUUGCAAGAGGGCAUGGAGCCGAACAGAAAGUCUGUUUCGCCAUUAAUGGCCUCUCAGCCCUUCUGGAACCCAUAGACGACCCACAGUCAGUCCCACACACACACACAAGACACAAGCAAGCAAAAGGAGAUACUACAUGUAGACAAGAGCGUCAUUAGAGAGAGGCGAAGGGGGGAGGAGAACUGGUAGUGGUUUGUUGGCAAAGCAGUGGCUAGCUAGGCUCCAAGGCGCCAUCACGAGCUAGGCUCCCCGGAUAGAUAGAGAGAUAGAGAGAUAGAUAGAUCGACCGAGGUCAUGCCGGGCGCCCGGCCGGCUGCGGGGUAGUUUGCUGGUGCGGAGAAGAUAGCUUGCUAGGUGUAGAUAGAUAGAGAGGUGGUGCCUUGGCAGCUAGCCCCCCCUAGAGUCAAACCCAGCCGUAUUUAGGUCUCGGCCCGGCCGGAGAUAUACAUACGUAGACGCAGACACAGAGAAAGAAAGAGAGAGAGAGGAAGCUGUAGCCCCCUCCCUGUGUGCGUGUGUUUCUUCCGUCGGCGGCGGCGUCUGUCUCCCUCGAGAUGAUGAUGAGUGAAGGCCAGGGACAGCAGCAACAGCAGGAGAUCAUCACCCAGCAACAUCAGCAACAGCAACAGCCGCUGGAGAUGGACAUCACCUUCGGGAUGAGCAGCCAUCAACAUCACCAUGCCCCUCCCUCCUCGUCCUCCUCCUCCUCCAUGCACGCCGCCGCCGCGAGCUUCAUGAGCGGCAAGGAGGCAUCAGGCGCGUAUGACCAACUGGGGGAGCUGGACCAGGCUCUGUUCAUGUACCUCGACCACGGCCACGCCUCCACGCAGCAGGAGCAGCGCCAGACCCUCAACAUCUUCCCCUCCCAGCCGAUGCAUGUGGAGCCAUCACCAAAGGGGGAGCUUGGCCUAGUCCUGUCGCCAGCGCCCGUGGGGUCGAAGAUGCCGUCGCCGGACCACCAUCACCACCAGCAGCAGCAGCAGGCGGCCGCGGCGGCCAUGGAGGAGUUGGCGGCGGGGAGCAGGAGGCAGCAGCAGGAGCACCACCUCCACCUGCAGCACCAGCAACAACAACCCGCCUUCGCCACCGCCGAGUCCGCAGGGGUCAGCAACAACAAGGAUGUCAAGCCGCUGACAAAGAAGGAGCACAAGAGGGGCUUAUCCACCGGCGAACGCGACCCAAAAACGCUGAGGAGGCUAGCCCAGAACAGGGAGGCGGCAAGGAAGAGCAGGCUGAGGAAGAAGGCCUAUAUCCAGCAGCUCGAGUCCAGCAGGAUCAGGCUGGCUCAGAUCGAGCAAGAACUCCACAGCGCAAGAGCUCAGGGAGUGCUCUACCCCGGCAGCAGCCUCCUCGCCGAGCAAGGCAUCGCCGGAAAAGGUCUCGGCGGCAUCGACGGCCUCAGCUCAGCAGAGGCGGCGAUGUUCGACGUGGAGUACGCGCGGUGGCAGGAGGAGCACAACCGGCUGAUGUACGAGCUGCGGGCGGCGCUGCAGCAGCACCUGCCGGAGGGGGAGCUGCAGAUGUACGUGGAGAGCUGCCUGGCGCACCACGACGAGGUGCUGGCCAUCAAGGACGCCGUCAUCAAGGGCGACGUCUUCCACCUCAUCUCCGGCGUCUGGAGGAGCCCCGCCGAGCGCUGCUUCCUCUGGCUCGGCGGCUUCCGCCCCUCCGAGGUCAUCAAGAUGGUGCUUUCGCACGUGGACCCGCUGACGGAGCAGCAGAUCGUGGCGGUGUACGGGCUGCAGCAGUCGGCGGUGCAGACGGAGGAGGCGCUGAGCCAGGGCCUGGACACCCUCUACCAGGCGCUCUCCGACACCAUCGUCUCCGACGCGCUCACCUGCUGCUCCACCCCCAACGUCUCCAACUACAUGGGCCAGAUGGGCCUCGCCGUCCACAAGCUCACCACCCUCGAAGGCUUCGUCAGACAGGCGGAGAAGCUGAGGCAGCAGAUGCUCCACCGGCUGCACCAGGUGCUGACGGCGCGGCAGAUGGCGCGGUCGCUGCUAGCCGUCUCCGACUACUUCCACCGCCUCCGCGUGCUCAGCUCCUUCUGGGUCAACCGCAACAGGAUGGCGCCGCAGGACCAGCAGCUGGAGGCCGCCCCUCACACCUAAGCUCUUAAUCUCACCGAUCCACCACCAUGCGUGCGUGCAUCUCGCUGAUAUCCUAUGCAUGCAUGCGUGCGUGCGUGCAUGUCUCUGAGAAAGUUGAAGGAAGCGCGCGGUGACCGUGCAAGCUUUAUAUUAGCAGUGGAGAGGGGGAGACAGCGUACCAGACCUGAAUGAUAACCCUCUAACAAAGAAUGUCCUACCGUGUGUCUUGGAUUUGGAUUAAUUAGUAGCUAGAUAGUAUGGUCCAUCGACUCAUGUACUCGUGGCUGAUCGACCUGAAUUGAUUAGCUUGUCUUGCCUCCGGUUGAAUGUGGUUCGACUCUCCA